AGGGCUUAACCACAAAAGAGGCAAACAUCCUCUUCCUAUAACCGCUCUACCGCGGCGGCCUCCGCUCGCCGGCAUCGCGGCCACGUCCACCCCAACCUCCCCUUCCGCCGAUGCCGGAGCGCCGCCACCUCGCCGGAGACUCACCGUGCUGGUGAUCAUCCUCCGGACAACCCACCAUGGAGCGCCUCCUGCACUUCCGGCCCCCGAAACCGACCUCUGCCAAUGCCGUUGCAGCGGCGGCUACCGCCGACGGCGACCUCCUCGAGCUCGACGUGCUCUGGCCUGCAUCCCGCGCCCCGGGCCUCCUCGCGGCGCUCCCUGAGGAGGACGGGAAGCGGAGGAGGAAGCGCGGCGGGAGCGGGAGCGGGAGCGUGGCCGUCCGAUCCGCGGCGCGGCCUAUCCCGGAGACCGCCGCGUUGACCCUGGUCCCGUCGUCGUCCGCGGCGGCGAUGGCGAAGUCGGCGCCGGUGAGGAUACCGUCGGAGGCGGCGGCGGCGCGUAGGGGGGUGAUGUGGGCGGCGCAGGCGGGCGGCGAGGACGGGGAGGCGGCCAUGGUCCCGCCCCACGAGAUCGUGGCGCGGCGCGCCGCGGCGCACAGCUCGGUGCUGGAGGGCUCCGGGAGGACGCUCAAGGGGCGCGACCUCCACCGCGUCCGCAACGCCGUCCUCCGCCGCACCGGCUUCCUCGACUGAGGCGAAGAAUAAACGGCUUAUGAUGCUUACCUUCGGCGCUAAAUAGUUGUGACAGCACUCUUGGGGGGACCAUUGCCCCUCAGCAACACAAUUCCUAUAAGGAAACAUAUGGUAUGCUCACUGCUCAGUUCACCUCAUAGGUCUAGAACUUCUUGCUAUCCCUUGGUUGUCAUGUUGGGCUAUCUGUAAUAACUAAGCAUAUACACUCUCCGUCCCAUAAAAAACCAACUUCUGGGUAUAUCCAGAUUUAAACCUAGAAGUUGGUUUUUUACGUAAUAGAGGGAGUAGUUAUGUUGCUUCGUAACCAAAACUUGGGUGUUUGUGGUUAUGGUAAAGGAGUUAUGUACACAUUUUUGUGUGUUUU